AUGCCCAGCUUCACCCGCGUUGGUUACUGCUUACGCAAGCUCACCUGGUCAACCAGAUCCUUCAACUUUGGCGGUCAGACCUGGCUGAUUACUGGCGCUUCAACAGGUAUCGGGCGACAACUGGCACUGAGCGCUGCUAACGCAGGCGCCACCGUUCACGUCGUCGCACGCAAUACAGAAAAAUUGCAGCAGCUGGAAGCAGAGGUAACCUCAACCCGCGGCAGUAUUAUCAGUCAUACCGUCGACCUGUCGCUGAUGGCGUCCGUUGGGUCUCUGGCCACCUAUUUUGAAAACAACGGCAUUGUUUUUGACGUCCUGGUGAACAAUGUCGGGCUUAUGUUGAACGAGCAGACCCGAACCAGUGAAGGACUCGAAACAGGUUUUGCUACCAAUGUACUGGGCCACUAUGUCCUCACCGAACAGCUGAUCAGCCUCGGUGGGCUGAAGAGCGGCAGCACGGUCAUCAACAUGAGCUCAGGCGGCAUGUACAACGUCGCCCUGGACAUCAAUGCCCUGCAGGGCGAUCACCCCUACGACGGCACGCUGACUUAUGCUCGGCAUAAACGCGCCCAGGUUGCGCUGAAUGAACAUUGGCGCCAGACUUACGGCGAAAUGAUCAAUUUCUACACCAUGCAUCCCGGCUGGGUCAGCACACCUGGCGUGGCAACAGCGAUGCCAGAAUUUCAUGCCGCCCUGAGUCGGCUGUUACGAGACCCUGAAGCCGGUGCCGACACCGCCCUGUGGCUGGCAUUCACCAAGCCUGAACAACGCGAUGCGCAGAAUAUCUGGUUCGAUCGCGCCCAGCGAUCACCACACUUUUUCAGUGGCACACGACAGGGCGAUAGCAAAGCAGCGUUAGUCAGCUAUCUGCAAUCGCUAACCCAACGGACAUCCAUGGGACAGCUGAUCCAGGGCCAAUGGCACGCUGAAGACCUGCCCCGCCACCAGGCUGAUGGUAAAUUCGAGCGGCCCAACAGCCCCUUUCGCCAUUGGAUCGGUGCACCUGACGGACGCUUUCCUGCGGUCAAAGAUCGUUACCAUCUGUUUGUGAAUCCCGGCUGCCCCUGGGCUUAUCGGGCCAUUUUAUACCGCGCGAUAAAAAACCUUGGACAUGUCGUUAGCUUAUCCUCUACCGCCGCCGCUGCGGGUGAUCAGGGCUGGCACUUCGACAAUCCCCCCGAGCCACUACUACAGACCACACACCUUCAUGAAGUGUACAGCCGUGCUGAUCCGGCGUUCACCGGGCGGGUUACGGUUCCGGUCUUGUGGGACACUCACAGCAACACCAUCGUGAACAACGAAUCCGCUGACAUUAUCCGCAUGUUCAACGAAGCCUUUAACGCCAUUGAAGGCGUCUCCCAGACAGACUACUUCCCCGCACCACAGCGGGCAGAGAUCGAAGCGCUUAAUCAGGUGAUCUACGCUGACGUGAACAACGGCGUCUAUCGAUGCGGUUUUGCCCAGUCGCAGAGCGCUUAUGAUGAGGCCUAUGACAAUCUGUUCAACACGUUAGAUCAGCUGGAUGAACGCCUGGCAACCCGCCGGUAUCUAUUUGGUGAUGACGUCACAGAAACAGACUGGCGCCUGUUCUCGACGCUGGUGCGUUUUGAUCUGGCUUACUACAGCCGUUUCAAAUGCAACCGUAAUCUAUUGAGUGAGUUUGAACACCUCUGGCCGUACACAAGAGAUCUGUAUCAGCUUCCGGGUGUCGCCGACACUGUAGACGUCAGCGCUAUCAAAGGGAUCUACUACGGUGCGGGUAAACCCGGCAUACUGCCUAAAGGCCCGGCAUUGGAUUUCAGCGCGCCGCACAACCGCGAUGACAUCCACGUCUGA